CAAUGAAUGAUAGUAAAAGUGUUCAACACUAGGUAAUCGGUCUGGAAUUGCAGGAACCGCGAUGAGAAAAACAAAAGUGGUCUUGUUACUCGGAAAAGAUAUUUUAUGAGCAGAAAACUAAAUCGACCGCUCCGGACGUAAGCCGGAGUAGAAGUUGACAUCCGAAGCAUAAUAGCUACCAGUGAUCCUCGUCGCCACUUUUUCGAAAAUUGUGUGCAACCAUAUGGAGAAGAGUGACAUUCGUGGCAGCAGAGUGGAGAAAAAUAGAUUAGAAUAAGCAUUCGAACAUCGGCAACGAUUGCAGGUAUGAAUCCCACCAGAGGUAGCUGCUAGAGCGAGUCGCCAAUCAUACAUUCCUGUCAUCCGAUUGAAACCUCUCAAGUCCCACUCCCAGUGAACGCAAAACGACCAAUUACACGAAAACCAUAUCACUUAGAUCUACUCACCCCUUAAGCUACUUAAUCCACACAAACUACUAUGACCAACAUCAAGUAUGCACGAGUCAAGCAAACAAUCGAUCACGAUCCCCAGAACGAGGAAAUCGAACUGGAAGGUGAGACUCAAGUGCAUCAUCAUGGCAUGGGAGGAUCCAAGAACCACCAGUACGUAGUGGCCAAUCGUGGAUCGGGCGGAACCGGGAGACGGAAGAGCUUCACCAACACAAUCAUUAUCACGUUGAUCUUGAUUCUGUGCUACUUCACGCUUUCGAUCGGGCUCACGUUCUAUCAGCGAUUGCUGCUGCAAGAAUUGAAGUUCCCCCUAUCGGUGGUCCUGUAUCAUCUCUGCAUCAAACUAGUCUUGUCCGCGAUAGUGCGAGCCAUGCUCCGGUGCGCUACCAAGAAGAAUCGAAUCCUGCUGGACUGGAGAACUUCGGUUAGGAAAAUUCUGCCCACCGGGUUGGCCAGUGGAAUCGACAUCGGAUUCUCUAACUGGGGACUGGAGUUGGUCCAAAUUUCCCUGUAUACAAUGACCAAAUCUACAACGAUCAUAUUUAUUCUGAUAUUUGCCAUUUUGCUGAAAUUGGAAAAGAAGAGCUGGUCCCUGGCGGCCAUUGUGGUGAUGAUCUCCGGUGGGUUGUUCCUGUUCACGUACAAAUCGACCCACUUUGAUGCGCUGGGAUUCUCGUUUCUCCUGUUUGCAUCGCUAUCCAGUGGCAUCCGCUGGUCGUUUGCCCAACUCAUCAUGCAAAAGUCCAAACUGGGCCUGCACAACCCGAUCGAUAUGAUCUUUCACAUGCAACCGUGGAUGAUAGCGGCUGUACUCCCGUUUACGAUCGGAUUUGAAGGCAAACGCAUAGUGGAUGGUUUCGACAGUCUGCUCCAGACGGACAGUUCGAUCGUAAUGAACAUGUGGCUGCGAAUUUCGGUGGGGGCAUUCAUCGCGUUCGCCAUGGAAGUGAGCGAGUUCCUGGUGCUGUGCAGUACCUCCAGUUUGACGCUGUCGGUGGCAGGGAUUUUCAAGGAAAUCUGCCAGCUGGUCUUGGCAGUGGAAUUGUACGGUGACCAGCUCAGCUUGAUCAAUGUUCUCGGUUUGGUGAUGUGCCUCGGAGGCAUCUGCUGCCACGUCGUGCACAAAUUUUGGACCUACACCGAAGAGCAACACUCGAACGAAACAUCCCCCACCUACGAUGACGACGAAGAUGAGUCCGGAACGGUUGUCAGCAAAAAUGGACUAUCGCCCAAGUACAACCCCAAAUUCGACCUGACUCCUAUGGCACGCUUCAGCAAUGUCGCCGGUGGCCAACAUCGGCCCCUGCUGGUGAACGACAAUCGAGAUGCAGAAGAUUCGGACCACCUAGUGGUCAACAAUCGGAACUACGUUUCGGACGAUAGCGACCAAGGCGAACACGAUGCUCAGGAUGUUCUGUUCGAUAUACUGCAAAGACGCGAGCGAUAACUUUCCUACUUACGAUGAAAUAACUAAAUUUUAUUACCUUAAUUUUAUUUGUUAACUAUGCGCUUAGCGAUAUCACUCCUACUUAGCAGGAGUGGGAACUGAAUUGAACAUUUCAUCUGAUUUUGUUACGAUGUAUAUUUUGUGUUAACACUUUUAGCUAGAGGAUUUUAACGAGGAAGGCAUUAAAUCCUAUGUUUUGUACAUUUAAUUUCCAAACGAUCCACCUACUUUAAAUACAAUGAAAACUAUCCUGUACUUUAAAUUAGGGUAAUAAUAUUUCCGUUGUAACGGCAUUUAACUAUUAUACAGUGUUACCACCACACGGUAAGUGAAAGUAACCACAUUUUCGCUAGUUUGUGUAAAUUAAAUAUAUAGGAAAAGGAGUAACCACGGAUGUAAGUAAACAUUGACCCAGAAUGGCUGCAGCACAUCGGGAGAUUACGAAAGUAACAUUUAAAUGGAUAUUUAAGAAAAAAAUACCUAGUACGAAAAUAACCUGAUGUAAACACAACCGUGAUAAUUGCUUAUGUUCAAACAUUUUUGUAUACACACAACACUCGCCAAUCUAUCGCGCGACAUGUCAUGUACACACCAUUUACGUUUAUUAAUCGAUGUAUUAAAAAAGAGAGAUAAACUUGUAAUAGAACAAAUAUAGUGUACUCACAAAAGUAUGGUUUUAUGAUAA